AUGACUCGGCGGCCACGAACAGUUGGAGGGAUAAGGAGACGGGCACAUGGCCAUGGGUCCAAGUCACAACAUAUGUCAAGAACGGCAUGGCGAACUCGGCAGCCCUCAGCGUCGAUAUACCUCCUAUCUUCGUUGCUGUGGCUUCGGGCAGUAUCGGCGGUCCUGAUCCCAUUCGAAAACUGCUUGCCAGAUGACUAUCGCUGGGACUCACAAGCCCACAAAGACGAUCCCAACUCGACGCAGAUACAAUGGAUCCCAAAAUGGGUCGACGCGAAAUUCAAUCUCAGCGAUCCGCAGCACCAACUCAUUGUGACCAUAUGGGGCAACGUCACUGGAAGGUUAGGACAAGUGGACAUCCCAGCAUGGAACAGUACGGAAUGGGACAACCCGAAUUCGACUUUGGCACAUGGCGGACAAAUCUUGAACCAACCGCAAGGAUCGAAUUUCACCACCCUGCAUAGCAAAAUCCAGGUCGCCAGCUAUACCCCUUAUUCGUCAGAUCUCAACUUUUGCGACAGUAUCAACAAUGGGUCAUGUCCACUGUCUCCCGUCUUUGAGGAACUUGCUGAUCCUCUCCUGCCUUACGGCCUCCCCUACUUCAACGUAUCUCACAAUUUCGAAUCUACCUAUGCUUUUGCGUCGUUUGCGCCGACUUUUUUCAUUUAUUACGACAAGGGCAACACGAUCGGUUGCAUGUCAGCAGUUGUCACGCCCAGCCUGGGCGGUAUUGCAUGGUUUCUGAGGUUUUUGCCGCUCAUUGUGCUGCUCUUGGUUGGAUUUGCGACUAUCUUCUCUGCCAUAUUUAGUCCUUGGGGAACAGCAGAUGUUUUCCACUGGACUACAAAUUAUGGCCGUGACCUCGACCUUCUCCGAUUGGUCACGCCGGGGUUUGGCGACUGCCUUCAGUACAUCCAGUUUAUCGCUCUGACUGGCGGCCUCUCUCUGAAUUAUCCUGGCUUUUACCAGCCCGCCGUAAGCAAUGGUGCGUGGUCGGCACUCAUGUUCAAUGAGAGUUUUGUUGCGCACGCUGAUCCGUGGGAGAACCUCAUCGAUGGCGUUUAUAAUGUCAAUGCGACGACUGGGCUUCAAAGCCUGUCGCAGCUCGUGGGCAUGUCUCAGGUUGAGGAUAUCUGGGCCGGAAUGAUGAUAUGGCUUCUAGUCAUCAUAGCUGCAUCGCUAAUUGCUGUACAGCUCGGAUUUUUUGGACGCUGGGUUUGGAGAUAUGUCCGCCAUACUUCGGAAGAAGAUCUGCGAGCUAAGAACAUGCCAUUCUCCGUGGGCAUCGUGGUACGCCUUGUCUUCAACUAUUUUUUGCUACCUAUCGUCGCCUUGUCGACCUACCAACUGGUCGUGGCCGAACAGUCACAGGUAUUCUUGGUGGCCUUGGCUGUUAUCACGAUCGCUCUGAUCAUCGGCUUCGCAUCCUACUUGAUGUAUCUUAUUGUUUCAACAAAACCACGAGCUCAUCUGUUCGACGACCUGUCAACAGUGUUGCUCUACGGCCCGCUUUACAACACCUAUUCGGACGAAGCAGCCCCGUUCGCUCUCAUCCCCAUUAUACUCACUUUCAUGCGGGGCAUUGCGAUUGGCGCCGUUCAGGAUUCUGGUGUCGCACAGAUCGUGAUAUUGGCGGUCUGUGAGAUUAUUCAAAUGCUGACCAUUCACGCGUUCCGUCCUUUCAAUUCAUCGACAAACAUGAACGCAUAUCACACCGGCUUCUCGCUCUUUAGGUUCUUGACCGUCCUGCCAAUGGUUGCCUUUGUUUCGUCGAUGGGUCUCACUGGGGACACCAAGGACUGGGUUGGGUACGUCAUCCUCCUUCUCCACGGUGGUGUACUUGUUUUCGGGUUCUUCCUCAACUCCCUCAUGACCAUCAUCGAAGUCAUAGCGCGAAUGCUUGGAGCUGGCGGCGACGAUGUUCGCGGCCAAAAGAGAGGCGGCUUGUCGAAGAUUUUUGGAGCGCGGCAACUACAACGGCGCGUAUCCAGACGCGGCGCCACAUCACGUCAAAGCCAACUCAGUACGGCGGGUAUGCUUGACGCAUACAAUAGUCAAAAGAGAGGGUACGGCCGUGUUCGCAGUGAAUCUGCUGGCAGCAUGGGCAUUCUGCUGAACCAGCCUGGACACCGAGGCUCAAGCGCAUUGGACAAUCGAAGGGCUGAAGCCAGUACCUUCUCCUUGGUAGCUUCGCCGGGCCAUGCUACCCGUCCCCAACCUGCUGCUGACCCCUACUACCGUCCACCACGUGCGCGAAGACUUACCGAUGAUGAUUUAGGGUCUUCACCUCCCGGUCUCGGACGUGGGUCUAUAGGCAGUAUCGACUUGGCUGACAGGCGACUCAGUCAGAGCAAUGGUACAUUUAUGGACGCCGCAGACUUCGACAGGUCCGGCAAGAGGCCCGUCUCAGCAGCUCCAGGGGUACUGGCACCCGCACCGGCAUCGUAUAUGCCUGUUUUUGCUCCCCGGGCAGACUAUUCUACAAGAGAAGUGGACUUUUACUACGGUGUUCGCGGACCUGCUCUCAACUCUGAUGCGCCAAAUCGACGAUUGGGUACAGGUCCUGCAGAUCCAACGAGCCCUGUGGCCACCGCAACUGGCUGGUUAAGGGGACUGUUUGGUGGAAAGACGAAGGAAAAGGGCAAGGGUUUUGAAGUCGUUAGGAGCGCGAGGAUGCCACCAGCGAUGAAGGCUCGCGGUGGCGAUCUCGAGGAAGAAGCACCACCGGAAGGUAUACCGGUGGCCAUGGGCGUAAUACGAAGCGGGCCUAUCGAGAGCGACGACGAAGACAUGCCGAAAAUUAAGUUGGAGAAGCGGCCGACUCGUGACAGUGUGAAGCAAGACGCAGCAGAAGCUGGGACGUCGUCUUCUUCGUCCGCGCCGUCGUCCCCAGAAGUGGCUAAAGUUUCAGCCAAUCCGCCGUUGCUGCCAGACCUCGACGCUGGUGAAAGUUUCAGAUUCCCCAGCAGGAUCCACUCCACGAGGACGACUAGGCAAUCAUCACGAAGGAAGGUGAAGGAAGUUGAGCUUGAGCUUGGAGAUAUCCCGGAUGUGCCGAGGAAGAGCUCCAAACGUAACCAAAGCCAGGAGCGGAUAGUUGAGACGUCCCUCAAUGCAUUACAGCCGCCAUUGGAAGUAACCAGGAGUCUACACCCGGACGCCGCUACCACAUCCACAAGACUACCAUUUGACCGUACCAACUCGCAGAAACGCCUAUCUGGCUCCUCUAUGGGCGAACCGUCAUCCGCUGGUAUGAGUGCUGAUAGUGGUGACGAGCGGCCCACGAGCAUUGGUUACGUCCAUCGACGUAACCCCAGUCAAGUAGACCCGUCCUCAACGCAGGACCUCGAUCUUCUUGGUAGUACAGCAGAGGUGGUUGGGAAUUCGCGGCAGGUCAGCCCCAUGUCUUCAGUAUCUGGACUAUCGACACGAGCAGUAUGA